AUGUCUGGUAUGCUUCCAGGAGUUGAAUGUGCUCGAAGAAGACGAUUGCAUAACAAAGCUUCUUCGCGCGAUUCCACCAACCGAUCCUCUCUGUGUUUGUAUUCUACCAGGAAACUUCAAUCCCCUUUGUUGGAAAGAAACAUGGUGAAUCAGACAGACUCAGAUGAGAAUCUGGGAGGAGCAGCACGUGAAGCCAAACGGCGAUUGGAUGAGAAGCUCGCUGGGCUUGUCAAACCAGAAAAUACACCACAAAACAAAGGCUUCUUUUCGAUGUUUUGCCGCAGCAACUCAGAAUCUAGGGAUCUAGGAAAAAUUUAA